AUGGAGUCCACAGUAACAGAUCUCGGAAAUGCAAAUAAGUGCUUUGAUCAAGUGACUUUCAAAAUCUUCAACAAAACUGUCAUCCCCGGCUACAUUCUCCACGGCAUUGUUUACUUCGAUGUCGCGGAAGAUGCCAGGAUCAACAAAAUUACUCUAAAUGGACAGUGCAAUGUUAGAAAAGAAAUUUCUGGCCGCCACGGAUCAGACACGGAAGUGCAAGUGAAUUCCUUCAAGAAGGAGAUUGUGGCCCCCACGGGUGGUAAAAACAAACGCCAGCCCGGCCAGUACGAGGCAAUAACCGAAGUGUGGGAUGGAGAUGACCUCAUGGAGAGCCUUCAGCUACCCGAUGACUACUUUAACGAGGACUGCCUGGAGUGGCCCUUCAGUGGACCAAUAACCCUACCCAAAGGAACCCACGCCAUCCCUUUUGCUGUUCGUAUUCCUGCAGAGGUCAAUCCUACCAUAACUUACACGAGAAAAGGCGAACAUCGUCACAAAGCUAUCGUCACUCACUCCACCUCCGUGUCGGUGCAGGUCGACGCGCAACCGGCAAGCGGUGGCGCGCUUUUGACCGCGCUCAGUGACAAGGUGCCACUGCAAGUGAUUAGCUGUGGUGGUUUGCCUCCCGUCGUCAAUGGCAUGUACGCGCCGGGCUGUGUGCAACUGGUCAAACUGGGAUACAAGAAUGCCAGUGCACUCAUCAUUUUGGAAAAAAAGCACAUGCUACCAAAAGACACAAUCCGAAUUACGAUCUAUACGGACAAUAAAAAUGCAUUGCACGGCGCGUAUGCAGAGCUAAUAGCCUCUACCAACUUGCCAGAGAUCGGCCUCUCUGACAGCAGCGACGUGAUAAUGGAAAAAAAGGCCCCGGGUAUUGAACUUCUCGACCGAUGUUCAAAGCAGCGAAUGAAGUACAAGUUCAACAGGGCCUUUGUCUCGAAGAUCGGCAACACCUUCCCGGCUGGCGACACGAACAACACACCUUCUGGUCGCCUGCGUCCCAGCAUGGAUGACAAGCGCCUCAUGCCCGAGGCCAGCCGUCAGGCCGUAUGCAUGCUUGAGUUAAAGGUUCCUGAAGACACCGAGUCCUCCAUUGAGGCCGGAGAGUACCGCAUUCGACACCACGUACGAGUUCAUUUGGAUGUUAGGCACCAAAGAAAACCCGAGAGCCAGGCCCAGUUAAUCACGGUGGCCAACCAGUUGAGGCACAACUACACGGUCAAAUACAUCAAAUUCUUGAAUUAG